AUGGCCGAAUAUAGACAAGCGCGCAAGAUGACCACCGCCCGUCAAGAUCGAAGCUUUACCUGUUUCCUUGCGCUUCCCUAUGAAUUAAGGAGAAAAGUUUGGGUCGAGUAUCUCCAGGAGUCAACACCACUGGUCUACAGAUUCCGUAUCCGAUACAACCUUCACUCACGGGUUAGAUAUACAGAGGGAGAAUUCUACAGCACAUACCACUAUGCUCCACAGCUCAGCGAUAGAGUUGUUCUUUCGGCGCCAGUACAUCACUAUUAUGGGAGCUCUGAAUGGCAGAAUCUUGUCAACUCUACAUCAGCCAGUCGCGCCACCCUCACAACAUGUCAAGAGUCGCGCCAGAUCGCACUGAAAUUUCUCCCUCAUGCAAUUCCAUUCAGGCGGCUGCCGGUUUGCUGGACUAAUCCAGAAGCCAACGCCGAUUUGGACGAACCUGCUGACGGCUCGAACUAUCCUGAGUACAUUCUUCAUUACAAUGGCGCUCGGGAUAUUAUCGUCUUCCAAGACGCAACGUGGGAAGACCAGGAAGCUGUGUUUAAGAUCUCACAACUCCAAAAUCGCGUACCAGAUGCCUUCAUGGGGAUGGAGCACGUCGGUAUAUCGAUACGAUCGUUUGCUCGCGGUCAUCGCUCAGAUCCUGGCGGAGAAUUUAGUAGCUACGGAGUCACAAGGAAUCAAUGCGCUUGUUCCACAGAUGCCUGCCGCGAUGCUUGCCGAUUCGAGCCUUUACCUCGCUUCCUCUCCUGCUUUCCUUCGUUGAAGACUUUCUAUAUUGCCCGGGUGUCUGACGAUGGCGACGACGGAGGUGAUACGUUGACCGGCUUGCCUGUAUCCCUUGAGAAUGCAGAUUGUCACUGUAUGGACAGCCUAGACGAAGAGUUAACCGUCGAUCGAAAGCAUAGUUGGCCGGUAAUCAAGUCAGCGGACAUCAACAGGUGGUGUGUGGUUUGGGAUGAGCGAACGGGAUGUUUUCCGGUGCACUCUCGCGUUGAACUCACUAGGCGGUACUGGCGCGCCAAGUUCCCAUACUACAAGGAGAUGAAGCAUUUGGAUAUCAAAUUCAUAAGACGACUGGAUCCUGGUGGCAUUCGAGAGGACCCAGACGUGGAUAUGGUUGUAGACAACGCUGUUGCGGCAAAGACGCGGAAGGAGGCGCUCAAAUAUAGAUUGCACAGUAUUUUAAGGGUUACAAAGCGUCUGUUGAAUCGUUAG